UCUUGCUGAUAGGACGCCAGCCUGUUGUACUGCUCAGUGAUAUUGGAUGCCUUUGACCAAGCAGAGAGAGGGUUGAGCUACACGUUGUACCACCAUCCAUACACAGUCUCUUGACGAAACCACCUCUCUCUAGACAUGAAGUUUGUUACCCUGAACACCGGUGAUAAGAUGCCAAUAUUCGGUCUUGGUACAUUCCAGUUAGUAGGUGAGGAGUUGGUACACAGUACUCUGGACACUGCUCUGAAGCUGGGCUAUCGAGCCAUAGAUACAGCAUCAGUGUACAGGAACGAGACAGACCUUGGCAACUCUGUGAAAGAACUUCUCCCUAAGUAUGGAUUAAGCAGAUCUGACCUGUUUAUUACAAGUAAACUUGACCCCAGAGAUCAUGGUUUGGAGGAGGCGUACUCAGCGUGUAAAGCAUCGCUAGAUAGACUGCAGCUAGACUACCUUGAUCUGUAUCUAAUCCACUGGCCAGCCAAAGCCAAACUAAAAUCUGAAGACACUCGUCAUCCAAGCUUCAGAAAAGAGUCGUGGAUUGCUUUUGAAAGGCUUUACAAAGAAGGUAAAGUGAAAAACAUUGGCGUUUCAAACUAUACAGUAAAGCACAUGGAGGAGAUGGGAUCGUAUGCCAGCAUGAGACCGUCGGUACUGCAGGUUGAGUUCCACCCUUUCUUAGUACAAACUGAACUUCAAGAAUGGUGCAAAGCCAAUGAUGUACAUCUACAGGCCUACACAUCACUCAAGGGAGUAGAGCUUUUGAGUGACCCAGUCAUUGUUACCAUCGCAGAGCGUACAGACAGGACACCAGCCCAAGUCUUGCUUCAAUGGGCAGUGCAACAAAAUAUAGGCACCAUUCCAAUGUCCACAAAUCCAGAACACAUCGCUGAAAAUAUCGGCGUGUUCCGAGAUGGCACUACUGCCUGGCUGACAGACAAAGAUAUCAGUGAGAUAUCAAGGCUUCAUCGUGGUGAAAAGUUUCGCUGGGACCCCUCUCACAUACUAUGAGUCUCUACAUAUAGGCGGUAAAGAAAAAUCAUCAAUGUUGGGAUUUAUCGUGUCGUUGCCGAGCAGUUAAGAGCACUGGACUUGAACUCUUGUGUUUCUGAUCAGCAGAGUUACAUGUAUCAUAGUAACUUUGUCCUUUGAAUGGGAUAUGACAAUUAGCGUAACAUAACAUAACAAUUUAAAUUUAUAAGGCGCAAUUCCAUCAAGAUCAUAGCGCACUAGAAAGAAAUUAACUUGGAAAAAGGCGAGUCUUACGAACUUCACGAAAAGCAGAAAGAGUUAAGAUCCCCUAAUGACAGUAGGGAGAUAGUUCCAAAUCAUUGACCCAGCAACACUGAAAGCUUUUUCACCAAGAACAAUGUUUGCUCUAGGAACAUUCAAGUGAGUGGUGUCAAGUGUGGACCGAAGAAAUAGUGGAAGAUUGUAAUGUGACAGUAAAGUGGUAAUACAGUAUAAGAAGGUGUAGUUUUGUUAAAAACAAGAAGAGCAAUUUUAUAAAUCGAUUAAUUCCUUAAUUUGUAGCCAAUGAAGUUUCUCAAGUGACGGGGUAAUAAUUAUGUUCUCUCAAGGGGCGUGGAACAUAUUAAACGAGUUGCACUACUUUGUAAUCUUUGAACUCUGACCAAUUCCGAUGACUUGGCACCAAAUAAAGUCCUGCGUCUUGGGAUUGGUAGAGCAUGUAAAUGGACCUUGAACACAAUAGCCAGGACAAGUAGGGUUUUUUUCACAGAGCAAUCACCCUUCAUUACAGGUUUCCUAAGGCUUAGCCUUGAUCAAGGCACUCCAGCCAGCCGCGACCUGCAAAAUCCCAGUCCCCAUCACGGAAUUCCGCCAGCGCACCCCCCACCCCAUACACAACACACAGUGCAUAAUACGUGCAAAGCGUAUGUACACAUACGUACGAUACACGAACGGUACAUAAUGUUUGAGCCACACGCAGGAGGUUGAAGACACCAUCGUACUCGUGACUUCGCUAUACUGUUCUCACUAUACAAUGUACAGCACAAACAAUGUAUACGUUGUUUGUGUAUACACUGCAUGCAGUUUUUGUAUCAUCUACUCCGCGCACCCGGCCGGGGCACACUACGCCAACAGCCUUGAAUCAAGGCUACCUAAGGCUAAGCUUUCAGGCUACAAUGUAGUUUCAUUACCAGAUAUAUAUAAUACACAAAUUGUCACACAUCAUGUAUUUUGUGCAAGCACGUACAUGUAGUUACCCAAAACCUCAGGAUAAAAACAUCAUUACACCAGAUUUUAUAAUGAAUUAUAUUACAGUUUUAUUAGUUAAUUCAUAUUAUGCGAUCACUUCCACAAAUUAAACACUCCAGGGAGUUCAAAACAUCUACAGCUUGGUAACAUCACUGUAACCAUAACUUGUUAAAAUGUUACAUGUGUUACCAUAACCUAGUAAUGUGAGUCACAUUUGUUGAGGUAACACCUAUAGCAAUACAACACAAUAACACCCCAUGUUACUGUUACUAAAAAGUUGUUACCUCUCGUACAAAAUAGGUUUAUUACUGUGACUUGUUGAAUUGUUACACGCUACUAUAACCUUAUAAUGUGCGUGACACAUUUGUUGUUACUGUUACAUGUCUACGUGUAACUUCAAAAAGUCUUUUCCUCUCGUACAAAAAAUGUUAAUUUAUUGUAGUCUAUCCAAUAUUUUUCUCAACUGAGGUGAACAUUUGUACAAAGCCUUAAACAUUGCGUCUAAGAAAUAUUUGUGCAUGAAAAUGAGUUAAUUUACCACAGCAGUAAAGCCUAUCUGAAUGCAACGCUUGAUAUUUGGCCCUUAGAUUAAAACGUAUGAAUAUUGAGUACAAAGGCUGACCUACAUGUACAUUUAGUAGUUUGAUUAACUUUCAGGUGAUUUAAUACAAUUUAUGCCGAGGAAAAUAUGAAGAACAUCACGCCUAAUUCAUCUUUGCCAAAGAGCAUUUGGUUUCUAGAUAGCUAAAUAAAUAUCGGCGUGUGCGUUUUUUUUUCUUUUUAAGAAUUCAUGGUUUCUUCAACCCAAAAUAAGCUGUUGUGUCUCUUUAGGUAUCAGACAGUUUUCUUGAAUAUGACUUUAUUUCGGAGGGGCAUAUUUUCGCGGAGUUUUUUUUCUCUCUACAUUAUGUACAUGUAUGAACAUUAAGGUCAGCAGUUUUGGUUUCUUUUUUUAGUACAUAUACAUGUACAUACGGUAUGAACUUCAAAAUCACUGGUAAUUAAGCUUGGAGACUAAAAUAAUGAUUGGGUUAUCCUAAUCGAUCAUGUAUAAUGGCUUUAAAUAAUGACUUACUAUUUUGUAUUAUUUGUUAAUAUUUGUUGAUGCCCAUGAAACAUGUGAAAUAAUGCUAAAAAAAGAAGUCAGUUUAAUAGCAGACUUUGCUUUCAACUUCUGUUGUGAAUGAAUGGCUUGGAAUGUACAUGUAGAUAUCAUCAUACAGGUCUAUCUUGCCUUUAACUACAGAAACAUGCCAUAGUAUACAUUAGUAAACCAUCAUAAAACGAAACAGCCUUUGGCUGUAAGAAUUACACAGCAUUCAAUGUCCUACGUGUACAAAAACAACUGAACCAGGCUAUGUUGACAACUACUGCAGUGAUGCAUAGCUUUUAAGAUAAUGGCAGACUUUGAUGCUUAAGUUAGAAUGACAUCCACAUUUUUUCGAUGAUGAUCAACCCAACUUGAGUUACUGGCCCCACUGAAAUACACUGUAGUUGAGCCUGUCCCAACUAUAGCCACUUCUGUGGUUGGGACAGGCCCAGCUUUGUACUUUCCAAGUUGGGAUGACAACCAACGUUGGGCCAUAAUGCUGAAAGCGACUACUUUACCAAGGUUUACAAAAAACACAAUAACUAGAACUCUUCAUGAAUAAAUAUACGCACAUAACUCGCCUACACCAUGUAAUUCACACCUAGUAUAAAAAGAUCUACAAAAAACAUAUUUAUGCAGUGUUACACAACAUGCAUUUCUUCCAGCCAAACAAAUUAUGAAUUUCAUUCUGGGCCCAAUUUCAUAGAGCUGCUUAACCAGAAAAUAUUGCCUGACAACUGUCUGCUAAGCAGAAAUGAGCAG